AUGGCCGAUGAAGGUCGCGCAAGACCUCGUUACACACACCCUCGGCAACACGCACGACCUGCUUCUCAUAGCGGACAACCAGCAUCACAGCAACAACAGCGCGGAGAUAUACAUGGACCCUCACCGCGCUCACUCAGACCCGUCUCGUCGAGUCUAGCAGCUGCUGCACCACCCCCACGACUCAAUAUCCAGACGGCAAUUCCAGCUGCUCAGCAACAAGAGUAUGGUCAUGCACCUGGCUUGCCCCCCUUUGGCGAUUCAAUGACGGAGCCUCUUACUGCUGGUGGAACAGGUGGACCGAGCGUCAGUCUACUCAUCAUGAAUUUACCCUUUCGCGUCCGUUGGCAAGAUCUUAAGGAUCUAUGCAGACAAGCAUGCGACAUUGAACGUGCAGAUGUGGCGCUUGAACUCGAUGGUCGGUCUCGUGGCUUUGGUGAGAUUGUUGUUGCGAAUCGGCAGGAUGCGCAAAAGCUGUUUCGCAUGUUUGAUGGGUAUGAGUGGAUGAAUCGCAAGUUGAGCGUGAUUGUCAUGGAACCGACACAGCAGCAGCAACAGGUUGUUGGGCCGCCUGGUGGGAUGAUGGGGCCGUCUGGCGAUACACAAAGCUUACAAGGUAUGAUGUCUGGCAUGUCGCUCUCUCAACCCACAGCGCCGCCACCCCUUGGCUAUAGUAUGCAGCCACCUACAGAUGAGCGUCUUGUGUUUGUUGGCAACUUGCCUUUCCAUCUACAGUGGCAAGACCUCAAAGACAUGCUUCGACCCGCUGGCCGCAUCACGCGUGUUGAAAUCUCCACCUCCAGAGAAGGUCGUAGUAGAGGCUGGGGAACGGCGUUAUUCGCAACGGAGCAAGAAGCACAGAUGGCUGUACAGAUGUUUGAUCGAACAGAAGUCGAAGGUCGUAUCAUCAAGGUACGCAAGGAUAAACUCGGCGCUCAGGCGAAUCCAAAUUUCACUACUGCAACGCCAGCUGGUCCAGUGACUGGGUAUACGCCACCCGGGGAGCCCAUCUCUCGCAGUGUAGGGGUGACGCCUAUUCCGAAAUUAGCAUUCGCAGUACCACCACGCAGUGCAUCCAUGAACAUGUUGGCGCCACCCACGCCAACAAGUCCCAUGAUGUUUACUGCGCCAAGGCGUGCAUUCACCGCUGAACAAGAAAGACGACGUCAAGCGGGGGAAUUGCAGGGACUCAUGCAACAGCAGCAAGUUUUGGGACCUUCUAGAUUGUCUCAGGCGUAUGCAUUGCCACUUGCAACACCUGUUGGUGUGACCUGGGACGGUGGAUCAACGACAUGGCAAGCGCCUAACCCAUAUCCGUCGCCGUUGCCAGGCUAUGCACGUCAAGAACAGUCUGGGUAUCCAUCAAUGCCUCUGCAGCAGCAACAACAACAGCAACAGCAACAGCAAUUACCACCAGUAGGACAAGAACGGGCAGGUACGCAACGACUACCAGAACCCACGACACAGUCUACCAUUGGCGAUGGUAGCAGACACCAGCGUCAGUCGUCCAAUUCGGUGGCCGAUAUCUGGCAACGCUGA